AUGACCCUGAGCUCGGAGAUGUCCGAGGCGUCGGCGCUGGCUGAGGAGACCGACAUAGAUGUGGUGGGAGAGGAGGACGAAGAGGAGGACGACGAGGAGCCGCAGCCCCGCCGCCGCCGCUCUUACGCCGAGGAGGAGGAGGAGGAAGAGGAAGAGGACGAGGAGGAUGUGGGUGACCUCCACGACGACGCCCUGCUGCCGCGGUCGCCCGUGCGCGGCGGAGGAGGCGGCGGCGGCGGCGCGGCGGGCGGCGGAGACGGUGCCGGCGGCUCUCGGCCCCCCUCGCGGGGCGGCCCGCAGAAGGCGGCGGCGGGCGGCGGCGGGGCGAGCGGCGGCGGCGGCGGGGCGGGCGGCGGCAAGAACAGCCUGGUGAAGCCGCCGUACUCCUACAUCGCCCUCAUCACCAUGGCCAUCCUGCAGAGCCCCAAGAAGCGGCUCACGCUGAGCGAGAUCUGCGAGUUCAUCAGCGGGCGCUUCCCCUACUACCGGGAGAAGUUCCCCGCCUGGCAGAACAGCAUCCGCCACAACCUCUCCCUCAACGACUGCUUCGUCAAGAUUCCCCGCGAGCCCGGCAACCCCGGCAAGGGCAACUACUGGACGCUGGACCCCGAGUCCGCCGACAUGUUCGACAACGGGAGCUUCCUGCGCCGCCGAAAGCGUUUCAAGCGGCAGCAGCUCCCGGCGCCCGAGUUGCUGCUGCGUGCCGUGGACCCCGCCGCCUUCCUCCCGCAGCCCCCGCCUCAGCCCCCGCAGCAGCCGCCCUGCGCCUACGGACCCUACGGCUGCGGCUACGGCCUCCAACUCCAGACCUACCACCCCCACUCCGCCCUCUUCGCCUUCCACCACCCCUCCCCGCCGCCCCGCCAGCCCCCCGCCGCCCCCGGCAGCGCCCCCGGCCCCGCCGCCGCGCCGCCGGGCCCCUUGCUGCCGGCGGCGGAGCUGGCACGGACGCCCUUCGGCUACGCGCACCCGCUGGGCCCGGCGCUGGCAGCCUCGCUGCACGCCGCCAAGCCCGGCAGCGGCGCGGCACUGGCCCGCUCGCCCUUCUCCAUCGAGAGCAUCAUCGGGGGGGGGCCCGGCGCUGGCAGCAGCUGCGCCUCGCAGUCGGCCGCGGCGCCGGGGCUGGCCCGCUCGCUGGGGAGCGCCGGGGGCGUCCUGCCCCCCGCAGCCGCCCUGCCCGCCGCCCCCGGCUUCGCGGCACGGAUCUCUAACUGUUAAAGGGUUUGGGAGUCUUUCCGAAGGUAGGAUCCGGGGUAUGUCUUUUCUCCGCCCGCUCGGAUGCCCGGCGGAGGCCGCCCGGAGGGUCUGCGGGCUUUGCGUGGGGAUCGGGGUUCGGGAGGUGUCCGCCGCCGCGGCGGCCCCCGGACCUGCAAUUGUGCAAAGCCAGGUGUAGAUGCCGCACAGGCGGGCGGUCACGCUCUGGGAAAGUUACUCGCUACUCCUUAAAAUUAAAAAAAAAAAAAAAAAAUGGUGAUAAAUAAUGUCUCUAAACCGUUAAAGUUCAGAGAUUCUCAGGUCUAGGAGCUUGAAAACAGUAAUGUACAGGAAAAAAAAAAAAGGCUUGAGGGAGGACAGCAAAGCAAUACUUUUCAUUUUAGUACACUUGUCUCAUGUACUUUUAUAAAAGAAAAGAAAAGAUUAACAUGUUUACACAGAAGAAAGUCAAGAUUAUCGUUUCUUAUUUUAACCUGUGUUUUGUAUUAUAAUAGACUUACGGAGUUUUUUAUUUUGUACUUUAUGCGUAUUCUUUACAAGGAAUAUUGUUAAAAAUUACUGGCAAGUAUUAUUGUACCAUUUUAAUGUAAAAUUUUUACACAAUUUCAAAAAUAAAAUUUUUAAUUUUCAAAAAAAAACGAAAAAAAAAGAAAAAGCUUAACCAAGCCCAGAUACCAAAGAAAGAAGCCCAGCCAAACAAUUGGCUUCGGACUUUUCCUUCCUUAAUAGUUACCCCUUCUUUGGGACAUUGAUUUUUUUUUCUUCAGGGUUAAUAGCACAAUAGCCAAGGAAUUUUACAGCUUGAGAUUUAUUCUCUCUGGGUUUGACCCGAAGAAGAAGAUCAGAAUAUGAUCUUUGCAGUCAAACCAUUGUUACCCUAACAGAGGAUGAAAGAUGGGGAGGGGGAGGAAAAGAGCAAAGACAAAAGAGGGAAUAAAUAGAAACAGGUCUCCCUCGAGAGAGCAAAGCCCAGUUCUAUACGGUACCAAUCAAGGGACUGAUUAAAAAGGCAGUUUUAAACUGUUUUAAUACUUUCGGGUGUGUCCUAAAUCGCAACUGCAUCACAGUUCUCUUUCCAAGAGGCCCAAAAGAAAAUGCUACUAAUAAGGGACACGUACUGAACUUCAGAAAGAUUUGUCCUAGACUCGUGACGAUAGUAGGGACAUGUGUUUCUACUUUUCGAUACAUAUAAUAUAAAAUGAGCAUUGGAAUAUCCUCGUGUGACGAGAUGAUUAAGCGCACUAGCUAUUGAAGUAAGGAUAGACAAGUGUAUGAACCAAACGGUGGAAGCAGCUUUUCUGAUUCUGAAUUCUCGUCUUAACCCACAUAAGGGCGAUAGAGGUUUAUUUCAUAAACUAACUAUUUUUUUUUAAACCAAAAAUGCGCCUCAAAUAUUCGGAGUUUAGGCAAGAAAGGGAAUCACAGGUCUGAAGCGUAGGCGUGUGGUAGCCUGUUGUGGAUUAGGAACACGCGUUUUUCAAAUCAUGGAAGGGCUUUUGAAGUACGACUGUAGUAAUAACAAUUUAGUGCAUUCAGGGAUACAUUAUAUGAAUCUUCGCUAAAAAAAAAAAAAAGAAAAAAUCAUCUCUUUAGUGUUCUUUGGAAUGAAGAGGGGAAGGGUGUGUGGUUACGUGCUUUUAAAUAUCGAAGUACCUCGUCGUCUUGUUUUUAAGUAUUGUCUUAGAUAGAAAAGUGAUGCUUUUCUCUUUUGUUUGUAGCGAAGCGGAGUUAAAUUAAUGGUUUUCAAUCAGUGGAAAAACUGGAAGCUAAAUCUCUGCUGGCUUCUAUUUGCAGUCCGCAACUGGAGGGCCUCUUUGGGUGCCCCGGAUACCUCAGAGGGCAGGGACGUAGAGUCCCGUUUGAUUUCUAAACCUAGAGGAAAACUUCCCAGAGGCACCGCGUACGAGCCUGUCGAGAAGAGCGCAUCCUUCUCGCAAGAGCCUGCCGAACUCGCUGUCCCCGGGUCCUGUCGGGGGGAUGCGCCGGUCCAGCGCCGUACCGAGCUCUGUUUAGGCGUCCCUCGGGGACGAGACUGAAAGCAAGCGGGGAGCAGGCGGCUGUAGCCGCGAGCGCGGCGGUCCCGGGCUCCCCGAGGAGGGACGCUGCUGGCGGUCCCUCCGGCUGCUCGAGCCCAGGGGGAGAGGCCCUGUGAGCCCUCGCGCUGUCCCCCUGCAGCUAGAUGGGAAGAGCAGGUUCCCGCGACCUAGCAUUUUUUUUUCUUGGCUUCCUCGCAGCAAACCUCGGGGAGCCCUGCGACCUCCGGUGCGCGGCUCGGCGCGGCAGGGUGCGAGCGCAUCCCUCUCGAGGGGAGCCCUGCUCAAGAGGGCAUGGCGAGGGGGCUGCUCUGCCGCUCGCUCCUUGCUGUAAGCCGGUCUUCUGCAUCCUCUGGGCCUUCACCUGGGAGCUGGUAGGGAAGAUGGCAGGAGCGAAUCGCAAUACGCGCGUUGCUUUAUUUUAUUUUUUAAGCGCUAAGGAAAGGGGUUGGGGAAGAGGUGUGUGGCGUUGUGGGAAGACCCCCUUCUUGUUUUCUCCUGGUUCGCGGAGCAGAGUCCGGGCCUGGGCGCCGGGGCCUGGCGGUAUCUGCUCCCCGCACUGCGCGGUGGAUGGCGGCGGCGGGGCUGGAGCAGGUGCCGCCAGGAAAGGCGCCGGCCCCGCAGCCCCUUUGAUGGGCUGGCAGCACCGCAGAGACCC